AUCUGAAGUUCCGGUACAAUUGGACCUAAGUUAAUGCCGUAAAAAAAUGGCUGACGAUUUAACGAUAGAUGGAGUUGAAAGUAAUUCUUUUCUUUCUGUCGAUGAAGACAAUCUUAGCAUCAUCGAUGAGAAUUUUUAUAAUCAACCUUUGAUAGCACUACAACCUAAUUCUCAUUUAGGUGGCAAUGAAACAGUUUCAGAUGGGUUCUUUGAAGAUUCUUUAGUUGAUAUCCCUUUAGUUGGGGAAGGGCAAGAAAUUUCAACUGAAGCAGCGAUACAACAAACCCCUGAAAAGUCAGGUAUUAAGCGAAAAAAUAAUAAAAAAUCAAAACCAAAACUCAAGGUAAAAAAUAAAUUGACAACAUCCAAUCUUGAUAACGAGAACAGUAACGAUAUCGAUGUUCCUCGUAAAUGGUCAAGAAAAAAGGUUCAGAUUAAAACAUUUGAAGGAGAGUUCUCAGUUAUUGUAUGGGCUUCAGAUGGGAAUGAGACUAACAAUGAGAAUCAAAGUGAAGAAGAUAAAAAAUUUGUAGAUCAGGUGGAUUUUACUUUAAAUAGUUCCCCUUCUAAAGAUGUUGAUCUUAGUGAUCCAAAACAGUUGACAGAGUUAACUAGAAAAUCUAAAAAACAAAAAAAAGUUACUGAAGAAGUUCCUAAAAGCAUUUCAUGUCCUCAUAGCGGUUGUUUAAAGUUAUUCAGAGAUAAUUCGGCAAUGCGAAAACAUUUGCAUACUCAUGGUCCUCGUGUUCAUGUUUGUGCUGAAUGCGGGAAGGCGUUUACAGAAAGUUCAAAAUUAAAAAGGCAUCAGCUUGUCCAUACUGGUGAAAAACCAUUUCAGUGUACAUUUGAGGGUUGUGGUAAAAGAUUUAGUCUAGACUUUAAUCUCCGAACACAUGUCCGUAUACAUACAGGUGACAGGCCUUAUGUAUGUCCUUUUGACUCAUGUAAUAAAUGUUUCGCGCAAUCUACCAACCUAAAAAGUCAUAUCUUAACUCAUGCAAAAUCAAAUUCUAAAAGAGACUCUUCACCAUCAGAAAGUUUUGCUGAAGAAGAGCUUGUAAUAGAUCAAGGAGAAACUGGUAUACCUGAUAAUCUAGUUAUUUAUGAAGACAUAGAAGAAGAUGCUGUGUAGCUACAGAAGAUAUAGCUGUGCAAAUCGCAAUUGUAUAAAUACCAUAAAAAUCUGCAUCAGAUAUUCGAAUGUUUUUCAUAUUUUGUUGAUACAAUUUUUUUCUAUUUAAAAGAAGAAUUGGACAAUUUAUAAACAUUAAAGUGGACUAUAUCUAGUUUAAAGCAAGAAAACUAGAACUUGUUAAAGGACUUCUUCAUAAAAUAUCAACAGACAGUUGUUUAUAAAUAUAUUUAGUGUGAAUAAAAGAAUCAAUAAUA